UAUUGUGCGGAGUGCAAGAAAACUUGAGGUCUCCUGGAACAAGUUAAGUUUGGAUGAUUCAAAUGGAUUCAUAACCAAAUACGAAGUAUGUUAUGAACUUGGUUCUGCUGGUCCUAGUUGUAAUAGGACCAAAGUGAUUACCGGUGUUGACAAUACAACAACAGGUAUAACCGGAUUGACACCUGCAAUGCAGUAUACAGUUGCUGUUCGAGCUUCUACUAAAGUUGGAUAUGGGUUUCUCGGAGAUCCUAUGACUGUCACAACGAAUGAAAGUGGUGAGUUAUAAAUAUUAGGUAAUGUGUAUUCUGAUUUAACAAGUAAAAAGAACAAAGUUAGGUUUUAGUGGAAACUUUGGAAGUUGAAAUGAGAUAUUCAUACAUCUAUUCAUACAUUGAGCAAGAAAACAAACUUCCGGUGGUGUUGACGAUUAACUUCCACAUUUUUGUUUAAUGGACAUUUUUGGAUUUAUAUUGCUUCUUAUGCUCUUGAUGCGUACUCAGUGAACUCUAUAUAUAUAUAUAUCUGGAACGAUAACAUUCAGUCAUUUGAUUGUGAAAACAAUGAAGCCUCGAUACCAGUCUUUCACACGGAUUGGACGUCAGUCUCAGUCCCUCAAACGUCAGGUUUACGCGGAUUGGACGUCAGUUUCAUCCCCUCUCUGCAAACCGUUGCACGGCCAGUAUAAAUUUGAACGCAAUCACGAAAAAAAAUUAAAAACAUGGCCAACUCAAUGCAAUACAUUGUAGGAGCAAACAGUUUUGCUCCUAAAAUUUACUGCAUUGAGUUCGCUGUCGGAAAAAAGUCGAGGAAAACUUCCCCGUCUGGAGAAAAGAAUCACUUUUUCAAAUAUAUUGUGUCGUUCUGGAUGCACAAGGAAAGAGAUAUUCUUGCGAGAAAAUUUCAUUUCAUUUUCACAGGUAGGUAAAUUGACUUGCAACUGUGACUUUGCCGUUGCCAUUUUUCGCGAUUGUUUGAAUUGUUUUUUAGUUUACCAGUUUUAUAGUUUUUAGUCAAUACACUGGUACGUUAUUUUAAUUUUAAAGAAUUUAUUGUGUGAUCGGAAUUUGCCUGCCAGCAAAAUGUAAAUGAUAUGUACGUGUGUUUGAAUAUAAAUUAGACCAUGGGCUUAGUAAAAAAUUAUUUUAAUAACUACGUUUCGGAGUAUAACUCCAUCUUCAGGUUUAUAAAAGUGAAUAAAGAUAUAAAAACUGUGAUAAAAACUUUCAAAACAAUUACAAAUUUUAUAUGUAAGUGAUAUUUAAUACUGUAAGAAUUAAGAAAGUUCUUGAACAGUUGAUGACGAAGACAAUGACGAAUACUUAUGUCGUGAUUUUUCUGUCGGCUUCACUUUUCGCUCGCUGUUAUCGUUCCAGAUAUAUAUAUAUAGAGUUCACUGUGCGUACUAUGCAUGUUUCGUGACUUAAGCCCCGUUUACACUACGCUCAAUUUUUGGUACGGUACGGAUAAAAUUAGUACCCGUACCACUUUUUUGGUUCUUGGACUACCUAUUUAGGCAGUCCAAGAACCAAAAAAGUGGUACGGUACCAAAAAUCGAGCGUAGUGUAAACGGGGCUUAAUUUUGCUAGGUUUUUGAAACCAAAAAAGUGGUACGGAUACCAAUUUUAUCCGUGCCGUACCAAAAAUCGAGCGUAGUGUAAACGGGGCUUUAGACGCCCAGGGAAAAUUUACUAUUUGGGGCCGCGUAGUGAUUUUCCAUCGUCAAAGAUUUUGAAAUUAUGUGCUUUUUAAAAGAUUGGUUUCCAUAUUCUUGAACUUUUAGCCCUAAGGACAAAUAGGAAGAUUUUUCCUUCGGUUUUGAAUGUUACGUUUAUCUAACAUUUUGAAUGCAAACUCUGCGUGCUUAAAUAGUACAGGAUGGUCCACGGGCAUUCUCGCCUGGGAAAAUUUUGAAAUCUAUAAUCCCUGGAAUAGCAAUUGCUGCAUUCUCGGAGAAUAUUUAACUGUAUAGUUGCUAUGCAUAGUUUACUUUAUCCUAAUAUUUUGUGUGCGUGAUUAACAAGAAACUGUAAGAAGUGUGCCCAAAUUUAGUGUUUUGACUUCGAUUUAAUUAAAGAAUAAUACUACACUUAAUUGAACUGAUAAUUUUAUUAGCGAUACGAUCUGUGGGAAAAGCUUAUAGCUGGGAAAAAUAUCAUACCAACUGUUUAUACGACCUUCCAAUGCAUUGGGCGUUAAUUUCCGUCGUCUUGUCUUUACUUUUCUCACAGGCCAAAUGAAGUUCUCACUCUAGGAUAUAUAUGAAACUCACUGGUGUACAGGAGGUAUAUUUGUUUUCAUCUUGAUCUGAUAUUUGUUUUCUCUGUAGUACCUGGCGCUCUUAAGAUAGAGGGAUCGGUAACUGCUGAUUUAUCAAGCAUAUCCCUGAAAUGGUCCGCACCCACCCCGGCUAACGGUAAACUAAAGGACUACGAAGUGUGCUCACGUUCGGGAGGUGGUUCUCCUAUGUGCAUAAACAUUGCCGACAGGCAAUACCGAAUACCUAAUCUUAAUCCAGGAACCAUGUAUAACAUAUCAGUUUCGGCUUCUACGAUGAUUGGCAAGGGUCCUAUUGUCUCGGUGCUAAAGAAAACUGAUGAAAGUGGUAAGUGAUAUUCCAUUAAACAGAGCUAUAGCCGUUUGCGUUUCAAGCGCGUUAUUGCGCGCGUGCACAUCGGCACUCGACUUGACUUAUGAAGACACGCAUUUUACCACGUGCCUCCUUUGUUUCAAAGUGAUCUGAUAAUAUGAAAUCGUACAGCGCACCUGGUAUACUUGCCACUUAGCGUCUUUUUCUGGGACUUCAGACUCUGAACUUUUCGACUAACUAUAUAAGACAACAAAACAUUGUUAAAAUGACUAUGUUCCAAAUACAAUUUUACUCGGUUUUGGAACUUUUGUUCAUGGUUUUUCGACGUUUAUAUAUGACCCGGCUUGAAAUUGAUCAAUAAGUGGAUUUUUAAAACAUCACUCCGCGUAGAAACUUGGAUAGCUUGAGAUGCUCAAAUGCUGCAGAGACAGCUUUUUUAAAUAAAAAAGUCUAUCAAGAUUUCUAGUAGGUCUCUAGCCCAAAAUGUUUAAAUUAUUGUAAAAUAUUUUAAGUAGCUCUUUUUUAUGCACAUGGGAAAACAAUGAAUUAAAAAAAAACAGUAUAUAUAGUGGAUGGAUUAAAUAUAUCCUUCCAUUCUUUCAAGAAUUGGAGCUUUACAUUCAUGGGAAUCAAAUAUGUAAGAACAGUCUAAGUAUAUAAGAACGAUGUUAUAAGCAUAUCAAAUAGCACGUUUCUGCAGUUUUUGUGUACUUUCACUGCGCAUAUCCAAUAAUAGACCUUUAAUUUAUAAAAAGGUUGACGUCAGCAGGCUUGUGACGUAUUUUGCGGUGAGAGUCCUGAAAGCUCAGAGUUGUUUACUUGUUUUGGGUUUUUUAAAGGCCAAAAGAAGCCAGUAUUAUGGUAAGCUUGAAGUAAUUUUUCUAUAUAUAGGCCAAAUAAGUUUUCAUAUUCGUCGUAGUUUAAAAUUUAUUUGUUUUUGGCGUCUACUGGAACAGUAGUCCCAUAUGCAUAUCGACAAGAGGUUUAGUUAUAAUACAGGGUGUCUAAAAAAAACAGGCUGGACAUCGUGCAUCAUAAACGUGGCUACACAAUUAAAUUUUUACAUACGACGAAAGAACUUACAGUUAUUUAGCUUUUCAAUGAUACUCUUUUUAAAUCGUGCAUAUGACGAAUAUUUAUAUAUAAAAUCGUUUUUAAUUAAAUAUUUAAUUAUAGUUAUUAGAUCAUAUAAAUUUUGUAAGAUGUGUUAAUAUAUUUAUAUUUUAUGAAAGAUGCCUCAUGUCAUAAUCUCAGCUGCAUGAAUAGGAAAGUCAGGUCAUUUUUACUUAAAACAAGAAUUUUCUUAUGCUUAAGAAUUUUCUUAUUCUCACUAAAAGAAUAUUUUUGCUUGUUUUAAGUAAAUAGUUCUUGAAAAAAUUCUUGUCUAGACAAAAAUUCUUACUCUACCGACAAGUAUAAUUUUACUUGUUUUGAGCAAAUUUUUGCUUAAAGCAAAUAAUUUUUUGCUUGAAAGAAGAAUUUACACGUAUAAAAAUUCUUGUUUUAAGCAAUUUUUUUCUUAAUAAGAAUUCUAGGUAAGAAUAAUAUUGUUAAUAUUCCUUCGUCUUCGUGAGACAAUAGAGAGCUUACGCAAGGACGAAUUUUGAAGGACGACGUCGACUUUUCGACAGGAUGUGACGUAAUAUUUGAAGUGAGCAUGCGUCGUGGCAGGCCUGAAGGCGUCCUUCGGAAGUCGACACCGUCAAAAGGUUAUUUUCGAAGGCGUCGCUAAAACGUUUCUUAUUCGAAGGUUAUAUCGAAGGAAAAUUUAAUUGGGGAAAAGUCAACACGAAAGAAGUAAGUAUAAUUUUACAGUAUUUACUAUUGUGGUUAUUUGCUAUACUUUUUCCACUGGUGUGUCAUCGAAAUAUCCGUACAGUGCUUGCCUGUUGUUUUGUGCCUUUUGUGUAAACACAAAUUAAUACAUGCACACAUUACUAUGUAUAAAACAAAACACAGGGUGAAAGGGACUGAUUAAACCCUUUUCCUCCCUGAUUUGAAUGUACUUUUCCCAACUAUUCAAGUGCAGUUUGAACAGAAAAUGGGAUUGUAUCCUCUUGUUCUUUAUAAUUAUUAGUUUUCGUAUCUUUUUAAUAUGAUUUAUAUAAGCUGCCUUCCGAUAGUUGGGUGGUAUAUGAAGUCAAAGUUGGUAAUUUCAAAGCACCGAUAGUUAUUUAUAGACUGAUUAGAGCCUACAAUCAACGAAUUUUCUAUUGUGUAAUAUGUAUUAACCUCUACAGUGCAACCUACCUAUUGCAAGUAUUUUGAAAUCAAUACAUACUAGAAAUCUAGAAUAGCAUGAUUGUCAUGUUUGUUGAUUUACCAACUCUUUUUAAAUAUUAUCUAGUUCUAAGAUAUUUGACACAUACAUACAUUUACAACACGUGUAUGUAUUAACCCAUGAUUUAUAAACUUGCAGUAGCCUUAUCUUCCAUUGAUAAAAAUCGUCUGGUGUUUGGGCUUUGCAAAAUUAAUGGAUUACUGUCGUUCCAAUUGAAGUGUUGCUCAAAUAUUGAUUCAAUACAUUACCUCGGGCUGACCAAUUUAUUUCAUCAAGUUCCUCGAGAUAUUCAUACACUUCCUAGUAUAAUUGUAAACUUCCUGUUGAAUAAUUUGAAUGCACCAAUCACCUUUGUUGUUUGUGCAACUAACCAAUCAUAAAUAGAAAGGAAGUGACCAGAAAUUAUCUUAUACUUGGAAUUGGCUCUUUCACAGGAAGUGUAUGAAUAUCUCGAGGAACUUGAUCAAAUGAAUUGGUCAGCCCGAGGUAAUGUAUUGAAUCAAUAUUUGAGCAACACUUCAAUUGGAACGACAGUAAUAGUAGCCUUGUAUUGGUACAAUACACAGUAUCAUGAUUAAUUUUGGUGUUUGUAUGACUGGUUGGGAUUCUUACAUAUUUGUUCCCCUAUUUAUAUCAUUAGUGUGCCCAUGAGAUGGACAGAGGAGCACGACAUUGUGUUAUGCCGGUAGUCAGCAGAAAUAGGAAGUGCAUGGACAACCAUUGCAAAUGAGCUUAAUGCAGUUCAAGAAAUACGCUUCUGUGUUACCCAAAAAGCUGUACGAGACAGAAUGAAGCUUUUGGUUGAACGCCAUAAAAAGAAAACGAGAGAAGAAGAAUCACCCAGUGGUAUUUCUCCAGAACAGUCAGAUAUUUAUGAAGCACUCGAUACAAUAAUUGAGUUGAUUGAUGAUGCAGAACAACAUUUUGAGAAGGAUCCUUACGAAAAACAGCAAAAGAUAGAGAAUAACCGAAAGCAAGCAGAAGAGCUCAGAGUUAAGGCAAUGGAAAGUUAUGGAGAGAGUAGAAAAAGACAACUUGAAAGUGGGGAAAGUGAACCUAAGCCAAGGAGGAAACGAGCCACAGGAGGAGAAACAUUGGUAUAUUUACAAGAAAAAUCUGAAAAGGAGUUUGAGCUACGAAAGGCUGAACUGGAAAUUAAAAAAAAAAAAGAAGUAAAAAACAAAAGGGAAGUGGAGAUGACAUUGCAGAAAUAG